AAAUUAAACAAAAUAUUUUGGUAAGGUACUGGUGCCAGCUACAUACCUUACGGUACCGCCCAAGCCAAUCUGGGAACCAACUACGGAGUAUCUGAUUUCUGAUCUCCAACGCAGUCCGUCGUGAUUCCGCCUACUUCGUGUAUUCGAGCAGUGUACUGCUCGGCCAGUCCGUUCGCGGUUGGCGUCCAGUCCAGCAGCUGUUUAUCUCAAACUCGAACUCCCGAUUUUCGGGGUGAAGUUGCAGCAUUUCGAGUACUUUAGCAAUGGCGGAUAAGAAAGCACUCUUCCGGGCCAAACUAGCACAGCGGAACCAAAAGCGUAUUGAGAAUCCUCUUGUAAGGUACAAUGACCAUGAUCAACCUGUCUGUAGAGUUUGUGAUGUUGUUCUAAAAUCUGAGACAGACUGGACUGUUCACCAAACUUCUCGCAAACAUAAAAUGGCAAUCGAUAAUCUUAAAGCAAAUUCUGCCACACUUAAGCAAACUAUCAAUGCGAAUGCUGAGCGUCCUAAAGACUCACAUAGGGCUAAGCUUGAGAAUCCUGAAGGUUUACAUAGUAAAGGAACCGAACCUUCUAUGGGGCUGUCUAAAGCUCGACAAACAUCUUCCCUUCCUCCUAACUUUUUUGAUAUUAAGGAAACAAAGAAACAAAAAAGUGAAUUGCAGCCAUCUAUACCAAGGGGCAAAAUGGACAUCAGAAAUGAAAACACUGACUCAAAGAGUUCAGAAUCUGGGCCAUCCAAGGAACAAAUAUCAAUGCUGACUCCUGGUACCGAAAGUAGGAAGGCCAAAGGACUUAUUCCUGAAGGAUUUUAUGAUAACAAAGAUGCUGAUUUGUGUGCACGUGGUAUAACACCUGUCAAACUUGAUGUCAAAGACGAGUACAAGGAAUUUGAGAAGUUGAUCCAAGAGGACUUACAGCAGGUUGACAAACGCUUAGAGGAAGAGGAGUAUGAUGCAGCAGACAUGAUAGAAGAGGCAGAGACUGUGGAACAAAGGGCUUAUAAGGAGAGAGUGGAAAUGCUGAAGAAGAGAAAGAUGGAACUCAAGGCUGGCAAGUCUACCCUUCGUAGCAAAGCUACUCUUCCUGUAACCACUAAGGAGUCCACUGUCGAAGAAGAGUCGUCAAGUGGCACCGACAGUGAUGACGAAAUUUUAACAGUCGAUUGGAGAGCCAAACAUCUGUGAAAUUAAUGUGCAUUUUUUUUGUUUUCUUGAUUUUGGAGUUGGCUGAACCAUUGACAAGGCAAAGUUCAACCUGUGACAUCUGUUUUGGCAGAGAAAUGUGAAUACAACAUGAUUAUUGUUUUAGAAUUUGAAGACAGCACAAAAAAAUGGAAGUACAAAACAAGAAACUUUACUUUACGGGCAAAUCUAUUUGGAGUUAUACAUGAAUGAAUCAAGGGGUAGGUU